AUGGGUAAAUUAUUGGUUUGUAACAGUUUUGUUGGAUUUUUAUUCAUUUGUGCCAGUGUUAGUGGGUGUUUGGAUGGUCUGGAAUGUAUCCUCGACGAUGUUUUAGCUGACGUUUGCCCAAUAUUAGCCAAUACUAGAACGGCUCUUAAAAAAGUGUUCAGUUGUUCCUCUGAAGAGGACGGUCCGUUCACAUCUGAUAUGGUUUCUGAAUGUAUUCGUUGCGGCCGCGAACUCUCCAAAGCUGCAUCGAAACGGGCCAAUCAGCUUGUCAAAAAUGGCGUCUCUUUGGAUGGCUGUUCACCCUCCAUGAUGCACUUCUUUUCAUCCGACCUUCCAAAAGAUGUGAGGAGAAGCGCAGAAGUCUCGCAGGAGUUGCUUUCUGCGACCAAGUUGAUGCGAAUGAAGUUAUGUUCUAGUUCACAAGUGACCCCAAACACCUUUCUAUCGUAUCUCGAACACAACGUGAUUCGACCACAUGAAUUGUUCUGCAAACCCUUUAGUACCAUUUGCCUAGACGACAAGUAUCGUAGCAUAGACGGUACUUGCAACAACAAAGAACACCCUGCGUGGGGGCGUCGAAAUGCUCCAUUUACAAGAAUUGCUACACCGCGGUAUUCUGAUGGAAUCUACGCCAUGCCUGUCGCCAAAAGUGGACGUGCUCUACCAAAUCCUCGGGUCAUAUCUACAAGAUUAUUCACAGACCGACCAAUAUCAAGCCAAGUGUUCACAUAUCUCAACAUGCAAUGGGGACAAUUUGUAACCCACGACUUAUUAUCACAAGUUAUGGAAGUAACAGACGAAGGAGGCAUCCAAUGCUGUUUAGCAAACGGUCAAGACAUUCUUCCUCAGGACAUGUUAAAUGACAAAUGCAUACCAAUAUGUGUGCCGGAUGAAGAUCCAUUUUACCGUAAUUAUGGCGUGAAGUGCCUAAACUUUGUGAGGAGCGUCACAACACCGAGAGACGAUUGCAGCUUGGGCCAUGCUGAACAGAUGAAUACGGUGACGAGUUACCUAGACGGGUCACAAGUGUAUGGUUCAGAUGCGAAAACAGCAUACAAAUUACGGAAGAAAUGUGGAGGCAGGCUCAAAGAGGAAACAAUGACCAAUUGCAAGAAAGGAUUUUUACCGUCAGUAGAUGAUAAAGCCGCUGUAUGCGAUUUGAGGAAUAUGUCGGAGCCCUGUUACUUUGCAGGAGACGUGAGAAUUAACCAAACACCAACAUUGGCAGUAUUACAUACCUUAUUGCUAAGAGAACAUAAUCGCAUUGCCGAUAUACUCAGUUCCUUGAAUCCACUAUGGACUGAUGAAAAGAUAUAUCAAGAAGCCAGAAAGAUAGUCAUCGCAGAGAUACAGCAUAUAACAUAUCAAGAAUGGUUGCCAUCGAAUUUUGGUGAGAGUUAUUUGCGAUACUAUGGAAUAUCACCAACAUCGCUGUAUAGCCACAGCUACAAUGAGGAAGUUAACCCUGGAAUAAUCAAUGGUUUCGGCGCGGGAGCGUUCAGAUUCCUUCAUACAAUGAUACCGGAUUCCAUCAUGACCUGUUCUUCAAGCUACCAAGUAGCCUAUUUAUAUAAAAUGAGUGAUUAUUACUUCAAUCCUAGUAUUGUAGAGGCCAAUAGAGAGUCUUUUGAUGAUAUUGUCAGAGGAACCGUAACUCAGCCGGCGAGUGAAUCAGAUCCUUUCGUCACGAGAGAGAUCACAAACCUAUUGUUUAAAACACGGGAUAAAUGGGGUAUGGAUUUGAUUGCCAUGGAUAUUCAGAGAGGAAGAGAUCAUGGUAUCGCUUCAUAUAACGACUACAGGGAGACUUGUGGAUUAAAAAGAGCAAUGUGCUUUCAAGAUUUAUUGGGAGAAAUUCCUCAAGAUCGUAUAAACGCUCUAUCUCAAAUAUACGAAUGUGUUGACGACGUGGACCUAUUCGUUGGAGGCGCAAUGGAGAGAGAUGUACAGGGUUCAAUACUGGGACAAACAUUUCAAUGUAUUAUCGCCGAACAGUUUUACAGGACGCGUAUUGGUGAUAGAUUUUUCUAUGAUAACGGGGAAAUGCCGCAUUCAUUUACACCAGAGCAAUUAAAAGAAUUAAAAAAGGCAUCUAUGGCUCGUCUCAUAUGUGACAACACGGAGGGUGUGAAGUUUAUUCAGAAAAAGGCAUUCGAAAUUGAAUCUCCAUACAAUCCUAAAUAUAGCUGUGAAGAUUACGAGAACAUACCUCGUGUGGACUUAACAGCCUGGAAGCGACCCAAAUUCGAACUGUUUGAUUGA